AUGACUUCAGCACUUUAUUUGGAGCAUUAUCUUGAUAGUCUCCAGCACUUGCCCAUAGAAUUACAAAGAAAUUUCAAGUUGAUGCGGGAUUUAGACGAUAGAGCUCAUGGUUUAAUGAGGACAAUUGAUCUUAUGGCUGAUGAAUUACUGCCGAAUAUUCCUAAAAUGGACGAAGAAACGCAAAAAGAAAAGGAAAAUACAAUACAAGGGCUAUUUAAUAAAGCUAAGGAAUACGGUGACGAUAAGGUUCAGCUCGCUAUUCAAACAUACGAGUUAGUGGACAAACACAUACGGCGCCUUGACUCUGACCUCGCACGUUUCGAGUCCGAAAUUCAAGAGAAAGUCAUGAGUUCUCGGGCAGCGCAACAAGCUGCUAGUGAACAGGAAGUUACUCCAACAACUGUUAAGAAGGGCAGAAAGAAGAAUAAAAGUAGUGACAAGACUGUUUCAUCGACGGGAAAGAAAAAACGACAAGGUGCGUCGAGCGAAGACGACGCCGUCGCGAGUGGUAGGUCGGCAGCUAAGAAGAAGGCCUCAAAAAAGGGUUCAGGAGGUUCAGCUAACCCAACUAAAGAACAAGAAGAAAGUGGUGACUUAGAUUCUGUGGCUGGCAUGACCCAUCCUAGUGAUGUAUUAGACAUGCCUGUUGAUCCAAAUGAACCCACAUAUUGUUUGUGUCAUCAAGUGUCCUAUGGUGAAAUGAUUGGUUGUGAUAACCCAGAUUGCCCUAUUGAAUGGUUCCAUUUUGCAUGUGUUGACCUUAAAAUUAAACCUAAAGGUAAAUGGUAUUGUCCUAAAUGUACCCAGGAUAGAAAAAAGAAAUGA